GCAUAAUCAACAGAAUCCAAACCUCCAAAUACUGAUGUGAAACAGGAAGUGAUGAAAGCACAAACCCCAGACAAGAAAUCAGAAAACCUAAUUCAAGAACCAAAGGUUGAAAACACAAAAACCUUGAGUGCUGGUGAAGCUAAAGAGAAGACUGAAACAAAGGAUUUAUCAGUAAAGGGUUUGGUGAGUAAGACCCCAAGUGCAAGCGCUAACUUUGAAGUUAUCAGCCAACAGGAUCAGAAGUCUGUAAUUGUUAAAGAUCAACAUGAGGAUAUAUCCAAUUCAGAUACAAAAAAAUCAACAGAAUCCAAACCUCCAAGUACUGACGCUAAACAGGAAGUUCUAAAAACAGAAGCACCAGAGAAGAAAUCAGAAAACCUAAUUCAAGAACCAAAGGUUGCAAACACAAAAACUGUGAGUGCUAGUGAAGCUAAAGAGAAGACUGAAACAAAGAAUUCAUCAGUAAAGAGUUUGGUGAGAGAGACCGGCAAAUUCCAAAGCUAACUGUGAAGUUAGCAACCAACAGGAUCAGCAGUCUGUAAUUGUUGAAGAUCAACAUGAGGAUAUAACCAAACCUGAUACCAGCAUAUCAACAGAAUCCAAACCUCCAAAUACUGAUGUGAAACAGGAAGUGAUGAAAGCACAAACCCCAGAGAAGAAAUCAGGAAGACAAAUUCAAGAACCAAAGGUUGAAAGCACAAAAACCUUGAGUGCUGGUGAAGCUAAAGAGAAGACUGAAACAAAGGAUUUAUCAGUAAAGGGUUUGGUGAGUAAGACCCCAAGUGCAAGCGCUAACUUUGAAGUUAUCAGCCAACAGGAUCAGAAGUCUGUAAUUGUUGAAGAUCAACAUGAGGAUAUAUCCAAUCCAGAUACCAGCAGAUCAACAGAAUCCAAACCUCCAAAUGCUGACCUAAAACAGGAAGUGGUACAAACGGAAGCACCAAAGAAGAAAUCUGAAAGAAAAAUUGAAGAACUAAAGGUUAUAAGCAACAAAUCUCACGGAGCUGGUGGAGCUAAAAAGAAGACUGAAACGAAGGAAUCAUCAGUAGAGGGUGUGCUGAAUGAACCGGCAAAUUUGAAAGCUAACUAUGAAGUUAGCAACCAACAGGAUCAAAAGUCUGUAAUUGUUAAGAUCAACAUGAGGACAUAACCAAACCUGAUACCAGCAAACCAACCGAAUCCAAACCUCCAAAUGCUGACCGUAAACAAGAAGCACCAGAGAAGAAAUCAGAAAAACUAAUUCAAGAACUAAAGGAUGAAUGCUCUCAGAGUGUAGAAGGAGCUAAAGAAAAGACUAAAACAAUGGAUUUAACAAUAAAGAGUUUGGUGAAUGAGAUUGUUAGUGAGAAUGCUAACUUUGAAGAAAGGACAGAAAAGGAGCAGAAGCCCUCAGGUGUCAAUGAUGAAUCUUUAAGGAUUAAGAAACCAGAGAACGUCACUGAUCAAUCCACAGAUGUUAAAGCAAACAACAAGAAUCCUGAGAAACAGAAGAAAAUAAAAGAAAUGAAAGACGGUGUUGAAAUAUCAAAUAAAGUGACAAAGCAGCAACAUCAGCAGAAGAAGGCAUCAAAGAUAGAUGCUAACCAAGAGUCAGACAGCCUUUCUGUGAAAGAUGCAUCUAGCAAAAUAAGUGGUGCAGAACAAAAACACAAACACACUGUUGUUCCAGAUACCGGACGUUAUAGCACUGAUGCUCAGAAGAAGGCUGAAGACACUAAAGAUAAAACUAAAUCAGGCAGUGGUUUGAAACGUGAACAGCAGACUUCAGAAAAAGACACCAGAAACCUUGUUGAUCCACAAAAGCCUGCAAAGCCUUCACUCAACGGCAGUUUGUCUCUUUCUGCAACAGCGGAAGCACCCACAACAUCUCAAAGUCCUCAGCUAAAGAAGGAUUCUCCAUCUAGUUGGUUAGAUUUAGAGCAUCCGAAGCAGAAGAAGGAACAUAAAAGAAGACUAAAGGCCUCAGCAAGUGAGGAUGAAUAUCUUGAUCCUGAUGACUAUGAUGAUUUAAUCAGGAGCAUUAAGGAGGGCAGCAUUCCUUUCUCACAGCCUCCCAAGAAGCAUAUUCGUAAGAAUUCCCCGUCUCCACCUUUUGUUUUGCCGCCUAUCCUUGAGGACCAUUCUGAGAAACAAUUUGAUCCUGAGCAAUUCCAGUUCGGCUUAGGGAAAAAUGGCACUGGUUUUAAGGAUCUUCCCCCAUCUAUGGGGAUGAAACAGAAAGCAACUAAUAGGGAAGGGCGGUCCCUGGAACGAGCACAGGAUAAUGCCAAUCACACAUCUAGAGGCCAAAUGAAAUCACUUGACGAGGUAGAAGGUAAAGAUGGAGUCAAAGAGGGGAAUCACUCUGAACAAGGAAAAGAAGAGGGAAAAAACAAUGGAAAAGAGGCCGGGAAGCUGACAUCCCGACUUGAAAGGAUGUCCAUCCUCUCCAGCUUAUUGAAUUCCCCUCGGUCCUCCAGGAAGUCCAAAGAGGAAGCUGCCUCUGACACAAAUAGCACACUUUCAAAUCGACAACAGGACUUGCUCUCGCUUGGAAAGAAAGGAGUGUUUGAAUCACCUCUGCCUGCAGAUAAGGAGGGUGUGAAAGGUAAAGAUCAAGGCCCACUUGUGGGUGGAGGUAUAGGUGCAGUUAGUGAGUCAGCAGUCAACACCUCCUCUCCUCCUCCUCCUCCUGCUCUCCCAUUGCCCUCGGUGAUAAAGCUGCCUGAUCAUUUAGAGAAGUACCUCAAGAAGAACAAAUCAGAGUCUGAGGCUUCCAACGGCUCUACACAUAUGACUAAAACUGAACCAAGUCCUACGGGUGUGGCAAUGGACCAGGCCUCAAUAGCGGUACCAAAUGUAAAUGUGAGCCCGAAGGGCCCUGCAGGACUGCCUCCACCCAGCGAAAACACCCAGCAGACUUCCCGAAAUGGACUUACUAAACCUAAGCCUAAGACACCUGCAGUAAGAGGGUUCCACAAAAGGCCUGGAAAGAUUGUCGUACAUGAACAAGACCAAUUUGGAGGGCAGCAGUUUGAACUCUACUGUGAUGUAGAGGAUGCCACCACGAUGAAGCUGUCCCCUGUCAUCUCAGUCAGAGUCAUCAGAGGAUGCUGGCUGCUCUACGAGAAACCUGGCUUCCAGGGUCGUAUCAUCGCCCUGGAGGAAGGUCCUACGGAGCACAUUGUGAAUAUGUGGGCAGAGGAAGGAACCCCGACCACACUAGAUGAAAUGGGUCAGCCUGUACCGACAGCACCUAUGGUCAUAGGCUCUAUUCGACUGGCAGUUAGAGACUAUAGCAUACCCCGUAUUGACCUGUAUGCUGAGGUUAAUGGGUUGGGGAGGAUGACAUCUUACUGUGAUGAAGCUGUGGAGAUUGGAUCGUACAAUAUGCCGCAGACCACUGGCUCCAUUAAGGUUCAUUCUGGAGUCUGGUUGGUGUACACUGAUCCAGGGUUUGGAGGUUUUCUCGCAGUGCUGGAGGUAGGGGAGUAUCCCUGCCCAGAGACCUGGGGUUUCCCUCAACCCUUCAUUGGCUCUCUCAGACCUCUCCGCAUGGGGCAGAUAAAGGUGGAGCAGCCUCAUGAGAUAAAGGCCUUAGUGUUUGAGAAGCCCAACUUUGACGGAGAGUGCAUAGAGGUCGAGAGUGAUAUGUACAACUUGCAAGAACUGGAAGAGGAGAAAACGGGCAAACCAGAUGAGAAGAAGAAGACCCUGUCUACAGUGGGGUCUAUAAAGAUUCUUGGUGGUCUCUGGGUGGGUUAUCUAGAGGCGGACUUUGAGGGGCAGCAGUAUAUCCUGGAGGAGGGUGAGUAUCCUCACUUCAGUGACUGGGGAGGAUCUGAGGAUGGGCUCCUGUCACUUCGGCCUGUAUGCACAGAUUACCUCUCCCCUCGCGCUAAACUGUUCCUUGAGCGGCACUUUGAUGAACGAGGACUCAAUGUGGACUUGCUGGGACCUGUACCCAACAUGGAGGACAUCGGCCAUGGUUGCAAAACACAUUCUGUCAACGUCAUGGGUGGAGUGUGGGUGUGCUUUGAGCAGCCAUGCUUCAGUGGAGAGGUCUACGUCCUGGAGAGAGGCCUGUACGCAGGCCCAGAGGACUGGGGGGCCCAGAACCCCAAGAUCUCAUCCAUACAGCCGGUCUUCCGUGACCCGCUGAUGGGAACGACUAAAUUUAAGUUGCAGAUGUAUUCUGAGGCAGGCUUCCAGGGCAGGCUGGUGUCUCUGGAGGACAGCGCAGCGACUCUGGAUGAGGACUUCACGCCCAGAUCCUGUAAGGUGCUGGCUGGCAGCUGGGUGUUUUAUGAAGGAGCUCAAUUCACAGAGAACAUGUAUGUGUUGGAGGAGGGAGAAUACCCCAACGCAGAGGCCAUGGGCUUCCUGUCCUCAGACUGCAUCAUCCGCUCCACACAGACCACUGGACAUGAGUUCUCUCUGCCCUCCAUCGUGCUGUUCAGUAAGGCGGGCUGUAGAGGUCGCAGGGUGGUGUUGUCUCAAGAAGCUGUGAACUUGCAGCAGGCCGGCCUGGACACACACAUACGCUCCCUGGUGGUGGAUGGAGGAAUGUGGGUGCUGUAUGAAGGAAGUAACUUCCGGGGUCGACAACUGCUCCUGCAGCCCAGUGAAGUGGUGGAUUUAUGGAAGUCCAGCGGCAUGCAGACAGUAGGAUCCCUGCGGCCAUUACUCCAGAAGCAGAUGUACUUCCGUCUGAGGAACAGGGAGACAGGAAGUGUGAUGUCUCUGACGGGGACUCUGGACGACAUCCAGCUGAUGAGGGUUCAGGCUGUGGAGGAGACGAGAGGUUUCGAGCAGGUCUGGCUCUAUCGGAAUGGGCAGAUAAGCUGCAAGCUGGUGGAGGACUGUUGCCUGGAGACCUCUGGCAGUAUGGUGAUGGAGGGCAGCAGGCUCUGUGUUACCCCUGAGCGAGGCAACGGCAACCACCUGUGGAACAUCACCCCUGAUGGUCUAGUGCACUGCCUCCUUAAACCUCAGCUGGUACUGGAGGUCAAAGGUGGACACCAGUAUGACAAGAACCAGGUGAUCCUGAACACAUGUGAGGAAAGAAAACUGAACCAAAGGUGGAUCCUGGACAUCCUGUGAUCUAAUGAGCCUCCACUCACACUGAACCCUGUGAUGCAGCUCUGUCGUGGAGCCCACUCCCCAGAGAUGGGAAGAAAGGGGAGUAACGGAUCAAUAAUUGCACCUUUUUGUGGAGCUUUGACUGUUGAGGGGAACCAUUGACUGGAUCAACAAUAUAACUGUGUUCAUAGAGUUGAUUGAAUGAUUGAGUAGUGUAAAAAUAUGAAAUAUUGUUUUGAUUUCCAACACUAUACACCAAAGACUCCAUGCACACAUCUCUAUGUUUUCACUGCAUACAGAGGACUCAGCCCUGUUUCAAUGCUGCACACCGCUCUUUACUCUAUGGUACAUUUCUACUGGUUCCUUUGUCUUAUUUCUGAUCAUGUCUGAGAUAUGAAUGUAUAGUUUAUACAGACAGCUGCAUUUUGAAGUCUGAUGUGCACACUACACUCCAAAGUUGUAUGGAGACUAAACUGUUUUCUGUUUUUAUGACUGUAGAUCAGCAAAGAUUUAUUGUUGAGUUUGAAUAUCUUUUUGACUUUUAGGACUAAGUUCUUACAUUUUUCCCAAGCUGUACUUUGCUGCAUCAGGUUGUACAUAAGCCUCAAGUGUAUAUAUUUGAGUUUAAAUUUCAGAGCAGAACUGCAAUAACAAUGCUGUCCACUGUUGUAAAUAUGUGAAUGUAUGAGAGAGAACUGUUACACGCGCAAAUAAGAAUGCCGUUUUGUUUCUUCUGUCUUUUGUAGAAAAUAAAAUAUUUUAAUAACCUGUU